AUGACGGCUAUUGGGAGUAGCCAACAUCUCAAGUCAAAAUACAGCACAGGAUACACGCUGACACUGUGGUUGCGAUGGAAAAAGUUUGCUGAUCUGAAGCGGCCAACAAAAGAGAAAGAGAUCGUUUUGUUUGAGCAGGUCCUACGCGAGAUGCGCGAUGAGGGAAAGUUACCGAAUGCAGUAACGGGCGAAGAGCUGAAGGGGUGGCAGCACCGAUUUGUCGUGAGAAGAUUGGAUCGUCACGUCAGGGGCAUAUUCCCGGGAGCGGCCAUCAGGGAAGCUGGGGAAUCGUUGACGGUCUCUUGGCAGAUACCGCCUCAUCAAGAUGCAACAUGGUCCGUGCUGUGGGGAAAGCUCAUCGCUAUGGCUCCACUUCAUAAUGACCUCCUAAUUGAAGACUACAACAUCACGCAAUGCAGUCUAGAGGAUACGUUCUUGGACCUGUUGAGCCACGAAGAGCAGAAGCACCGCGAUCCCUACACAGUCUACCAGCAACAAUCUACCGGAGCCAGAUAUACCCCAGCCCCUCAAAGAUCUUUGCGAAGGACAGCGAGGAUGGUUUUCGCGCGAAACGUUGAGGAAGACGACUAUGAGCUCUCAAUGCGUGGCAGGAUCUUCCUGGUGAUCUUCCUCAUCAUGGGCAUUGUGCCUCUGGUCAUCGCCGCGUACAUGGAUAGAAGUUUUGACACUCGAAGCUACAGUUUACUUCCGCUACCGACUCGAACGAAACCGAAUGGAUAUAUGUACAUGCAGAUCUGCCAGACCGAUGAUUGGUGCCAGGCGCCUUUCCUCAUCCCACCGAUCGACAGCAGAAUAUUGGCCAAGGCGAGU